AUGGGUAUUGGUGCUGCUCAAGAUGGUGAAGAUGUAGAUGGUGAAGAUGAAGAUGGUGAUGAAGAUGAUGAUGAAGAUAAUAAAGAUGAAAAUGAUUAUGGUGAUGAUAGAGUUGAAGAUGACGAUGACGAUAGCCAAGCAGGAGCCGGUUCUUGCAAUAAAGAUCAACAGAAUGCAUGCUUGCAAGCAGAGACAAACAUUACAGAGAAGCGACUAAACUGGCUGUCGAAUGGUGGUGAGUGCAUGGUGAACCAGUACGUGCACUUCACCCAUCUCUGCAUCGUCUCCAACUACCUGCCCUUCUAUAACUUCUGCUGCUGCGCGUUCACCAAGGCGCUCGCUUCACCGACCACCUCGUCGUCGUCGUCGACACGGAAAAAUAAAAAUAAUAAAAAUAAGAUGAAUAAUAAGGAUGGUAUUGAUAAGAUAAGUAAUAAAAAUAAAAAGAAAGUAGAUAAUAAUCAUAGUAAUAAUAAUAGUAAUAAUAAUCGUAACGAUGAGGAUGGAAAGAAGGAAGCUAGGAAAACGAAAGCUAAUGAAGCGAGCAUAAAAAGAGCCGUGAAGGAAAAGAAUAAAAAUAAUAAUAAUAAUAACCAUAAUAAUAAUAACAAUAAUAACCAUGAUAAUAUCAAUAUAAAUAAUAAAAAUGCUAAAGACCGAAUGAAUGUUAAGCUGGAUGUGGGUAUGGGAGUGAAACAUCACCAUGACUCUAUCGUGACGCCUAAAUAUAACAACAACAAUAACAACAAUAACAACAACAAUAAUAAUAACGCAAAAAUUACAAAUGAUAAUGAUAGCAGUAGUAGUAAUAGUGGUAGUAGUAGUACUAGUGGUGGUAAUAGUGGCAGUAGUAGUAGUAGUGGUAGCGGUCAUAGUCAGUUAUCGUCAAAUUUAUCUGAACACAAAAAUCUUCUCAAUAAUGCUGAAAUUCUUAUUGAUCAAAAGAAUAUAAAUAACAACAAUAAUGAUAAUAAUAACAUCAACAAUAACGAUAAUAAUAGUCAUAAAAAUAAAGAUGCGGCUUCAAACAACGACAUUACUGACGACGACGACAAUGUCGUCAACAAAAGCGACAGCGACAAAAACGCUGAUGACGCUAACAGCAAACACAACAACAACAACGGUGAUGACGAUGAUGGCGGUGAUGAUAAUGAUAAUGGUGAUGAGGAGGAAGAGGAAGAAGUGACAAAUGCAGCUCUCUGCUGCAGAUACCAUCACGAUUGGAGUCAUUUUCGUUGCCAAGAAUCUGAGGAUGUCGUGCGUGCAAGCUACCAGGCCACAGCUCGCGACCUUCUUGUGGGCUUCAUAUCGUGGGACGGAGCUACGGUGUGUGUGGUUGUCGGCCUACUUCUGCUCCUACUCACCUUCAUCUUCAUCUUCUUCAAAGUUUGGCUACACGCUUACAACAACAGCGCCAGCAGCAGUAAUAACUGCUGCGGCAAAAGCAGCUGUGACAACAGCAGCAGCAGCAAAGAUGGUUUGGCUUCAACUACGACGGCGAGUAACACAACUGUUCUAGGUGGCAAUGGAAUUGUCGUUGUUGACGAUGCUGACGAUGGCAAUUGUGCUUUAUUUGAUAAAUCAAAGCAGAAAUCAAAACUGUUGAUUUCAACAUCAGCAGCAGCCCAACAGCAGCAAUCCCACUCCUCAUCCUCUUCCUCUCUAGCAUCUCCAUCCUCCUCCAAACCUCUGCCACCUCCCUACGAUGAAAUCUUUAAAACUGAUCCCGACUCGAACGUCCCAACCCUCCCAUCGCAUCCGUACUACUUCCGCUAUCGACAACAACCUGCUCAAAAGAGUAGCGAUACAAACAACAACAGCAACAACAACAAAAGUGCUGAUAACGUCACUUUAACAGCAGCAACGGUAGCUGAAAACACUGCCAUAACCACCACCAAACAGAAAGAACAGUAUUUAACGUCGUCAAAACAAUCGCCGACAUCAACUGCAACUACAACGUCAGAAAUAUAUAGCGGCAACAACAACAACAACAACAACAAUAAAAAUCACCAUAUCAACAAAAACAGCAGCAGCAACAACAACAAAACUUCGGCCUCAACUCGCCACCCCAAAUUAAAGCACACAGCUCGAGCAUCAAUCGCCUGCGACUUUUUCAACGGCCCAUCGACGGAUCUCGAACACCGCGACUUCAAACGCUUGCAUUCCAACAACUACGAGUACUAUUACCAACCUUAUCGCUACAGUUUCAAUGAAGAUCGCGACGACUACUACAGCAGCUACAGUAGCGACAAUAGCGAUACGGAAAGUAGUUUAACCGAAGUGGGGCAGUACUCUUUCUACAGACGUCGAAUACUCGGUUUCGAUUCCAGGCAAUCGCCGUCGUUUCAAAUUUCUAACGGUCGAUCGCAUCGUCAUAAAAGCAGCCACGCUCCUCGCCACUACCGCCACCAUCAGCGGCAUCACAAACACCGACACUUGAGUCGCCAGGGAAUGGACACUAUCACUUCGACAACGUUGGAUGAGAUCAGACCAACAAGCAACAACUUCAGCAACCAGUACAACUUCAGCAACCAGUACAACUACAACAAUCAGAGCAACUACAACAAUCAGAGCAACUACUGCAAUCCAAACCACUAUAUUAAAGUCGAUUCCAAUUACGACAUCAUUGCUCCCGGCUACAAGCAUACAAAGCCCACUGAUAAGAACAUUUACAGCCAGUUAAACAACAACACAAAAGCGGAUAAAAAUAUUAAAAGUAGCAACAACGACACCAAGAACACUAACAAAGAACUGUCCAAUGAUUACGGAAGUUUAUUUACUUUUGACAUCAAACAAGAUGAGCUCGACGGCAAACAGCAGAACGUGCUGCAACCGAACGCCGCAAAGGCAAAUGAAGCGGCAGAGGAACGUGUUGUUAAUGUGACGCAGGCGACACCAGCUGCCAUGAAAUCUUGCGACUAA